AUGGGUUUUGGCAUCUUUUUCAAGAAGAAGAAGCCUGAGGAGGGGACGGAAUCUACACCACCUACCAUGACUGAGAAGCAAGUUCCUGCCAUGAUUCCGCAGUCAGACUUUGAUGCCAUGGCACUUCAACCACCCAAUACCCGAUUUGCUCCCUCAUCAUCAAGAAAUUCAAUCUCGAAUCGAUCACAUGCCAGCUCAAACUUUCUGGAAGACAUCAAACAUGAGGUUAUGGUUAACUACCUUUACCAGCAACAAUGUUCACAUCUCUGGGUCAGUGAUGGAAGUGGCGAAAUCGAAGGUGUUUUGCUCAGAAAAUCGAGAAACACAUACAUGGCUUGCCCGCCACAAUUAGGCACUUCUCCUUUUGCCGCAGCAUGUGCAGCUCUCAAUGUUCAAUGCGCAAUGACAGUGAAUUCUCGAGUUAUCAAGACUUUCCUACAAUGUUCGCCAAAUGCCGUGGAUGUUCCGCUUUUGAAUGGCCUCAGAAUACAGAUCUUACCAACAGUUGAAGAUUUACCGCGUGCAAGGAAACUACAAUUCGCUGCAUUCGUUGCAUCUGAAGCUUUACUGGUUGUGUGGGACGACGAGGCAUUACAUUUAGUCCAACGAGCCAAGGCCAUUGAAUCAGAAUUGAUGGAAUUAGUGUGGAAAACCGAUGAAGAAAUCGAGGAUGAAAAGAAGAGCCCAAAUACUGCCACCUUGGAAGUCGAUGAAGAGAGUGGGCGACCUCUUCCAGAGACGCGUGGAUUACACUUGCAAAAUACAGUUCUGGUUGCUCUAACGAUCAUCUUGAUUAUCACAACUCUGGGUGCUGGUGUUCGUCAAGUAGCCAUUGAGACUGAUGUCGACCAGAACUAUACCCGUCUUGCACUCCUAAUCUUAACUCCCGUUCAAGUGUUUUUCACACUCUUCUUUGCUCAAGUCAUCGUUGGUUGUCUUGCUCAGCUCUUUGGACCUGUGCAACAAAUGAGUAUUAACUCCAAGUUUUACUCUGCUAAUCCACCACCACGUAUUCUUGAUGGGAAUCUUCCACACAUCACAAUCCAAUGCCCUGUUUACAAGGAGGGAUUGCAUUCCGUUAUUGCACCCACUGUCAAAUCGAUCAAACAAGCCAUUUCUACCUAUGAAUUGCAGGGUGGCUCAGCCAAUAUGUUCAUUAAUGAUGAUGGUCUUCAAAUCAUUGAUGCAGACGAGCGCCAGGCUAGAAUUGAUUUCUAUGCUGACCACAGUAUUGGAUGGGUUGCUCGACCAAAGCAUGGAGACAAUUUCACCAGGAAAGGAAAAUUCAAAAAAGCUUCUAAUAUGAACUUUGGGCUCCACAUCUCUUGUAUGGUUGAGGAAAAGUUAGCUUUGAUUCAAAGACCUCUUGAUUGGACUCAAGCAGAUGAAGCACAAGCAUAUGGAAGAUGCCUGACAGAAGCCUUAGAAGACAAUGGCCGUGCAUGGGCUGACGGAAAUAUUCGAAUUGGUGACUAUAUCUUGUUGAUCGAUUCGGACACUCGUGUCCCUGAGGAUUGUUUACUAGAUGCUUGUUCUGAAAUGGAACAAUCACCUGAGGUUGGCAUCAUGCAAUUCUCAUCCGGUGUUAUGCAGGUCGUCAACACUUAUUUCGAAAAUGGUAUCACUUUCUUCACAAACUUAAUUUAUACUGCUAUUCGAUAUACCGUUUCUAAUGGGGACGUUGCUCCCUUUGUCGGGCAUAAUGCUAUUUUGCGUUGGUCAGCCAUUCAGCAGGUUUCAUAUGAAGAUGAGGAUGGAUAUGAAAAGUUUUGGUCAGAAUCUCAUGUUUCUGAAGAUUUUGAUAUGUCUCUCCGUCUUCAAGUGAAUGGAUACAUUAUUCGAUUGGCUGCAUGGGCUGGUGAAGGAUUUAAGGAGGGAGUGUCAUUGACAGUUUAUGAUGAACUUGCCAGAUGGGAGAAGUAUGCAUAUGGUUGCAACGAGCUACUCUUUCACCCACUUCGUAUGUGGUUCUACAAAGGUCCAUUUACUCCUCUCUUCCGAAGCUUCUUAUUUUCCAACAUUCGGUUCACCUCGAAAGUAACAAUUAUCUCUUACAUUGGUACUUACUACGCAAUUGGGGCUGCAUGGAUCUUGACCACCGCAAAUUACUUCGCUAUUGGAUGGUAUAAUGGAUACCUUGACAAAUACUAUGUUGAUUCUUGGAAAGUCUGGUUUUCCAUCGUCAUUGUGUUUAACGGUCUCGGAAACAUUGCUUUGGCAGUCAUGCGAUAUAGAAUUGGCGAAAGAAGCCUUGGGUAUGCACUUUACGAGAACUUCAAGUGGACACUUAUGUUGGCAAUUUUCCUGGGUGGUCUUUCGCUUCAUGUUUCACAAGCACUACUUGCGCACAUGUUCGAAAUUGAUAUGACCUGGGGUGCAACAUCCAAAGAAGCCGAGUUUAGUAACUUUUUCAUCGAAGUCCCAAAAGUCCUGAAGAGUUUCAAGUUCUCCAUGAUCUUUUCUCUCCUGGGUAUAAUUGGCAUUAUCGUAAUGGCUACGGCUUCUUUCAUCCCAUACGAUUGGCGUAUUCAGGACUUUGUGGCUAUUUUACCCAUGGCUACAGUUACGACUAGCCAUUUACUUUUGCCAUUGGCUUUGAAUCCUGCCCUUAUGACAUUCUCGUGGUGA